UCAAGCUCUUCACAAUAAGGUAUCUGACGGUCACUAUAAGGUUAUACCUUCAAUUUUCUUCAAAAUAAGUUGCUGCGGGGCAGUGGCAAUUCUAGGUAUCUCUUCCGGAUACUUAGCUGCUCUGACGUACAGAAAAGUAGAACGAAGCCAUCCCACGCACUGGGCUACAUCUGUGACAGUGGUCAGUACUGCUUCACUGUGCAGGUUCUCUGCUAUGAGGUAUCUAAAGUAACUUAAAGUUAAUACCUUCAAUUUUCUUCAAAAUAAGUUGCUGCGGAGCAGCCGGUGGCAAUCCCAGGUAUCUCUUCGGAUCCUUGGCUGCUCUGACGUACAGAAAAGUGGAACGAAGCCAUUCCACGCACUGUGCUACAUCUGUGACUGUGCCCAGUGCCGCUUCGCUGUUCAGGUUUUCUGCUAGACGCUUGUGGAGGUAGCUUUGUAGGGGCUCGCUGCCGCCCACUAGCGCUUGGUAACGGGGCUGUGAAAAAAAAGUUUACGGGUAUUCAAAUCAACAAUAACUAUGAUUUUAUUUGUGAUAUAGCGCGGUAAAACCUACAAUACAAACAAAAGUUAUCACCUAUUUAUUUAUCAAGUCAAUUAUUAUUGAACCUUUUUCAAUUUAUUUGGCAUUUCAUUUAAAAUUAUGACUGAUGUCUUUCAAGCGAAUGUCAUAUUUGUUAAAUUAAACUUUUACUAUUUUGUUGAGUCAAAUCGAAUUUUGUAGUGAAUUUUUUAUACCUAAAUCAAAAUGGGUAUGACACCAGAAGAGAAGAAGGCUAAAAAAGAAGCCAAGAAGCAAGCAAAGCUUGCGGCAGAUGCCGAAAAGCGUAGAAAAAUGAAAAACAUAGAACUUCGGCGCGAGAUCGCAUCACAAUUGAAGAACAGAGAUGCUUUGGAUCGACAGUAUAGAGCACUCAUGGCCAAGAUCAAAGAACCGGAGUUUCGAAAAGAGAUGGAAGUCAUGUGGCGCACUUUCGAACGAGCUUACGAUAAAAAAGACCAUCAAUUAUCACAUAUUAUGAAUUUAAUGAAUGUAGCUGAUGAUCAAUUUCAACGCACUGUAGCUAGCUUCUGUGACACUAUAGACACUAUGAUCAACAAAUUCUUAACCGAGUUGGAGGAGAUGACGACGCAAAAUAACCUAAAUACGACAAAUUUGUUAAAAAGUGGUGAGGGGGAGGCAGAUGAUAUUAUGAAAGAUCACAACACCGCUGAAACACAUUUGCAGCUUUUGUUAUACACUGGUCAUAAAGAGGCUGACACCCAAGUGUGGACGAAACGUGGAGAGAAUUUAGUAAAAGAAGAUGAAGAGCGCACAAAGUUCGCUAACAUUAGAGAAAAUUUACGUUCGUAUUUAGAAAACAAUUACAAUAAUAUGUGGGAUGAUUACAAAUCAGUGCUCAAAGCGUAUGUAAGUGAAACUGCUGAAAAUCAGAAGCAAGUUCGUAAAUUACGUCGAAAAGAAAAUACAAUGGCUGAUGUGAUAGCAUCACAAGGUAAGAGGAUUGCGAAUAGCGAUGGUUUGUUGAAGCGCCUACGUACGGAGUUAGCGGCAUAUGAAUCAGGGACGAAGCAAGCUGUGUUUAGAGACAGGCGAGAUAGGCACCGUGCUGCCUGCCAAAAGCUGAAACAGCGUAUGAUCAACGGAGUUAAUCUCGACACCAAUCUAUUAGCAGUACUGGUAAGUGCCUCAGACAGUACCUUAGAAUGGCUUUCUGCAGCUCAUAAGAAAGGCGAAAAAAUUCUACGCAUGGCGGCUCUAUGCAGAAAAUUCGAGACGCAACGAGAAAAGGUUCUUCCUUACGGAACGGAACAACCUCAUUCCCCGACACAGACUGUUCGCAAGCAACAUUCAGAUGAUUCACUGGUGAUAAAUGCUAUUUCCACUACAUGCGGCAUGACGAGAAUGUGGCAGCGCGUAGCCAAAGCUGAAAUGACUAAGCGUGCCUUAAUGCGCGAGAGAGAAUUAUUGCUACAGGAGAAUGACAUGAUUGAGAAGAAAUUGAAGAGUCUGAAGAGACAGAAUAUUGAACCAAAGACAGGAGAAUGUCUUUGUAGUAAAAAUACACAGAAUAAAGAAGUGUUCCACCCCAAUGCGGUUGAAGGAGCGUUGGAAGCGGUUAAAAUAAUGAAAUUUAAUGCCCAAUAUAAAUGAUUAUAUUUUUAUUGAAUAAAUCUGCCGUUAACAAUG